AUCCAUGGUGUGUGGGUGAUGCGUGCCCGCCAUAUUCCAGGAGCAGGAGGACACAGUGCUGGCCUCCCCUGUGGCUAGGCGGGACCUGUGGCCAGGCCGGCCCUUUGGGUGUGCUGACCACUCAGGAUCGUCCCUGCUCUGUCCACCAGUCCUCUGAGGCCUCGCACCCCGCCCCCGCCGCCCAGUGAGCGCACCCAGCCCAACCUGGCCUUAUAUGGCCACGUUCGGGUGUUGGGUGGCAGGCGGCGGCCCAGGUGGGCCUUAUGCCAUAGUACCCCCCCGCCCGCCAGGGACUGGCCGGCUGGCUGGAGGGUUGGGGCUGUCCAGGCGUGGCCAGGCUGGUGGCUGUUCUGAGGGCCCAGGCAGCAACCUGGGCAUUGCGGGCACUCCGGGCAUGCUGGACCCCGCAUGGCCAAAGACCCAGACUUUGGAUCCUCUUUUAUCUGCUGGAUAACCCCCUAUCCGCACCUGACUGUUCUCUGGCCAGGAAGGCUCUGGAGGCCUCUGUCCUGCCAGGGUCACUGCCUGGAGCUGAGGCAGGGCCUGCUUCCUCACUGAGAUGCCCAGAGGGGGCCACCCCCUUCAACCUGUGCCCUCACAGCUGCGGCCUUGGGGCUGUGCUGUUGGUCUGCCCAGCUUUGCCUGCUGGAGACCCUGGCAGCACCAGGAGCUGGAGGGAGCCACAUCCUAGGGCGAGGGCCUCUGUGGUUGGGGGUGGAGGUGGGGAGCAAUGUCUUCCCCGACCUGUGUGGACAUGCCCCCAGGCCCAGCCUGCACUGGUUGGGGGGGUCAUUCCUACUGCUCUGGCAAACUGGUCCAGUGUGGACCUUCAGCUGGGCUGGCAAACCAGCACAUAGAGGGUUUGGGUUAUUUUUUGAAAGCCAUUUCCCUGUGGUGUCACAAUUUCUGGAAAUAGUACAUCAACAGACUCGGAUCAUGUUUAAAAAGUUCCCCUUUUCCCAAAGUUUCACAAUCUUGGUGGGUUUGUCUUAAACUGCUUUUUUUCAAUUUUGAAAAAAGACUGGAUUUGGCUUUCUGUGUUUCCAUUUUGUUUCUCACAGUGGGAACUUGAGAGGUUCAGCCUGAAAUACCUUCCCCAAAUAACUUUGAAAGAAGUCAUUUUGGGGGAUUUCUGAGAAGUGCCACCUUUGAACUUUUGCACAGAUGGCCCUGGGAGCAGUUGCUACGCAGCCAACGCAGGAGGUCACUCUACCCUGUCCUCUGGACCUAGCCAGUGUGCACGGGGCCCCCCAAGGAUGGCUGACAAGGUGGUCCCAAGGCAGGUAGCCCGGCUGGGCCGCACCGUGCGUCUGCAGUGCCCAGUGGAAGGGGACCCACCACCGCUGACCAUGUGGACCAAGGAUGGCCGCACAAUCCACAGUGGCUGGAGCCGCUUCCGUGUACUGCCCCAGGGCCUGAGAGUGAAGGAAGUGGAGUCUGAGGAUGCUGGCAUCUACGUGUGCAAGGCCACCAAUGGCUUUGGCAGCCUCAGUGUCAACUACACCCUCAUUGUGAUGGAUGACGUUGGCCCAGGGAAGGAGAGCCUGGGUCCUGAUGGCUUCUCUGGGGGCCAAGAGGACCCGGCCAGCCAGCAGUGGGCACGGCCUCGCUUCACACAGCCCUCCAAGAUGAGGCGCCGGGUGAUCGCACGGCCAGUGGGCAGCUCUGUGCGGCUGAAGUGUGUGGCCAGUGGGCAUCCACGGCCCGACAUCACAUGGAUGAAGGACGACCAGGCCUUGACACGCCCAGAGGCCAGCGAGCACAGGAAGAAGAAGUGGACACUGAGCCUGAAGAACCUGCGGCCCGAGGACAGCGGCAAGUACACGUGCCGCGUGUCAAACCGGGUGGGCGCCAUCAAUGCCACCUACAAGGUGGAUGUGAUCCAAAGGACCCGCUCCAAGCCUGUGCUCACAGGCACGCACCCCGUGAACACGACAGUGGACUUUGGGGGGACGACAUCCUUCCAGUGCAAGGUGCGCAGCGACGUGAAGCCCGUGAUCCAGUGGCUGAAGCGGGUGGAGUACGGCGCCGAGGGCCGCCACAACUCCACCAUCGACGUGGGCGGCCAGAAGUUUGUGGUGCUACCCACAGGUGACGUGUGGUCACGGCCGGACGGCUCCUACCUCAACAAGCUCCUCAUCACGCGUGCCCGCCAGGACGACGCGGGCAUGUACAUCUGCCUGGGCGCCAACACCAUGGGCUACAGCUUCCGCAGCGCCUUCCUCACCGUGCUGCCAGACCCCAAACCACCAGGGCCACCGGUGGCCCCCUCAUCCUCCACCACCAGCCUCCCAUGGCCUGUGGUCAUUGGUAUCCCGGCCGGCGCUGUCUUCAUCCUGGGCACCGUGCUCCUGUGGCUCUGCCAGGCCAAGAAGAAGCCAUGUACCCCUGCACCUGCCCCUCCCAUGCCCGGGCACCGCCUGCCUGGGACGGCCCGUGACCGCAGUGGGGACAAGGACUUGCCUGCAUCAGCUGCCCUCAACCCUGGCCCUAGCGUGGGGUUGUGUGAGGAACUCGGGCCCCCGGCAGCCCCCCAGCUCCUGCUGGGCCCAGGCCCAGUUGCUGGCCCCAAGCUGUACCCCAAACUCUACACGGACAUCCACACGCACACACAUACACACUCACAUACACAUUCACACGUGGAGGGCAAAGUGCAUCAGCACCAGCAUAUCCACUACCAGUGCUAGACGGCAGCGUCUCUGAAUGCCUGGGUGCUGGGGCCGAGGGCAGACAGGAGGCGGCUUGGGAGGGGCAGGGGGCAGAGCACAAGGAGGGAGGUGGACCCACCACAGCAGGUGUGGCCAGCACCUUGGGGCACCCUGUGUGAGGCACACAAAGCCCUGGACAUGCACACACACAUGUACGCACACACAGACAUGUUGCCUGGACACACACAUGCACAUACAUUCAUGUUUGGACACAGGUAUGCACACACAUAGACAUAUCGCUUGGACACAUGCACAUACACGUUGCCCAGACACACACACGAGCAUACACAGUCAUGUUGCCUACACACACGCACACGGGGACUGAGCCGCCUUCAGGAAGCUGUGUGCUGUGUGACUUGCACUGUGCAUGUGGUGAUGGGCUCGUUGAUGAAGGAACCUUUCCAGCUCUGCGAGGGGGAUUUCAUGAUGGCCACCGUCAUUUCCCCACCCCUUCCCACCUGUGUCCCUGCCUGGUCUAGUUGGUUGUUUUUGCCACCUGCCCUGGUGCCCAGAGGUCCACUGGUGCCCUGGGCCUGGGCAGGGGCACAGCAGGCCGAGGGCCUGCCGGGCAGGAGCUGGGUGGCAGGCAGCUCCCUGCGCCUCCCCACCCGUCUCCCACUGCCAGGGAAGGGGCCUUGGUAUUUAUAUUUAAGGAAUUAAGAUAAUAUUAAUAAUGAUGGAGGGCUGGGUUGCGGGACUUUGGCCUCUCCUGGGUCCCAGGACUAGUCUGGCCUUGUAACCUAUCCCAUGUCCCCAACCCUUGGGGCCAGGCACCCACCACCCACUGCCCGUGGUGGCCCCAGACCUCUGUAAUUUUAUAUAGAGUUUGAGCUUGAAGCCUCGUAUAUUUAAUUUAUUUUGUUAAACAUGAAAGUGUGCUUCCUUCCCUCUA